AUGGAUGCUGAUGGAUUGAACGAUGCCUUGGGCUUGUCAAAUGACAAGUCCCAAAACCUGGGUGCGUACAUCUACCAACCGCCCAAACAUGGAAAAUCAGCAGGCGAACGACCUUCGAAGCGCCGCAAAGUCUCGUCAACCGCCGGCAGAGACGAGCAGGCUGAUAGGCAGCGUUUUGUGCCCCUUUUGAAUGGAGACGAGAACGCCGAAUCCGUCCAAUUGCGAUAUGAUACCUACCAGGAACUCUGGUCGAAGCAAGAAAACAAGAUCCAGGAUAUCCUCGAGGAUGUCGACGCUGGAGUUUUGACGGAUGUGUUGUCCUUUGUCAGAGACACCUCACCUCAAACAUGUGAUGGGUGUAUUCCAACGGCUUUGGUGACAGUUGGUUCAAAUGUGUCCUCGCUCAGCAGAUUGCUAUCACGGCUUAAUGGUCAGUUGAUAUCGACCGAAGAAGGCAGCGUCGUUGUAUUGGAAUCAGGCGAUGCUCCCAAUUUGAAAACAACGUUGAAGAACAUUAUCCGAGCUACCGUUACGAAUACGGAUGGAAAUGAUGGAUAUCAAAAGUUCCUUACAGAUCGUGCUGGACCUCGACUUCUCGGUUACGAUUUAGAUCUUCUUCACGACUAUGUGCAGAGAAAGGGGACCAAGAAAUUGGUCCUAGCUCUUCGAGAUAGCGAGGCUUUUGACCCUGGCCUUUUGACCGAUCUUUUGUCUCUAUUCAAAUCAUGGCUUGACCGUAUACCAUUCACAGUCUUGCUGGGAAUCUCUACCUCUGUAGAGCUUUUCGAAGGUAGACUGCCUCGCUCAUGUGUUGCUCUCCUUCGAGGAAAGCAUUUCGAGGUCCAAGAGGCCGGCAACUGUGUUGACCGCAUCUAUGAGACUCUCCAGACCGACCCGGACACCAAUAUUUGGCUGGGUCGCAAUGUUACCAGCACUCUGUUUGAGAACACAAGUGACUAUUUCCAAAGUCCGGAGGCAUUUAGUCGCAUGGUCAAGUAUACAUACAUGUCUCAUUUCUUCGCAAAUCCUCUGUCAGUACUAUUAGCCUACCCAGAUUCUACGGUUCUCGCCCAAAACAAGCUCUGUGGGGCCGUCAGAAACCUGCCAUCAUUCCGAAUGUUUUGCGAGGAUCUAGUAGAAGAAGGCUCCCUCAAGCAAGUCCGAGAUAUGCUAGAGGAUGACGAAUAUCUUAUUCAAGAGACGCCCAAGUACCUGGAUGCAAACCAGCAAAGAAUGCGAAACAUGUUCCAGGCAGUCCGUGUCGUACAUGUCUGUCUUCAAUACACACAGAGCGCGAAAAAGACCAAUGUGUCGGAUCUGUCCGUUCGUGCACUCUCUGGCGAACUGUCCGAGUCCACUAUUGUGGAAGAAAUGGUCGCCACGGCGAAGACUUUAGAUUCUGACAAGCUGGAUGAACUCCUCGUGCGUCUCAGGGGGAUAAUAAUCAGUCCAGAGGCCGAUACGAUUCAAGAAGAUCUCAGGACUUUAUUGGAAACGUGCUCGGAGUCCAGUCCACUGCGCAGUGGAUACAAUAUCAACAGCACCGUCACAAAAACCACCGUCGUCCAGCAACGUAUCCGGCUAAGCAAAGGCCAAGCCGAUCUAUCGGAACAAGCUGUGGAAUAUACCAACAUCGUCGACCGACUGGUUGCUCUUUUGCAAGUGCAUCUCACAGAAACCCUCAUCAACCCACAAGAUCUGUUUCUACAUGAAGCCUUCUUGUUUGAUCUGCGAAAUCCAUUAAAGGAAACAUUUGCCCCUCGACCACGCUUUGCAAUCGAGCGCGCCCUGGCUACUCCCUUUGAUUACCUGCUUUCCUCGUCGGAUGUCACUAUGACCAAGGUCUCGGCCAAGCAACCUGCCACCGCGAUUCUUUAUCAGUUGUAUCUUGAUUCGGGCGCCCUGGUGAAUAUUCAUGAUCUCUGGCAGGCUUUCUAUGGUGUAUUUGAAACUGAAGAGGCUGAUGGCUGCGAUGACCGAGUCGUGAUGUCUUUGUUCUAUGGCGCUCUCUCGGAGUUGAAGGCGUUCGGUGUGAUCAAGAACAGCCGGAAGAAGACUGACCACUUGGCCAAAUCAGCGUGGAUGGGGCUUUAGUUUUAUCUUGAGGUUCAAAUAAAAUUCAUGGCAUAUCAUAUUUCUG